AUGGUCUACUCCAGCGUGCUCGGUUCCCUCGCAUCGGUAUGGUUCACCCUCUACGCGCGUGCCAACCGUGAGGUGAAAAAGGCCGUCGAGGCUUACUGGGGUGGCAAGCUCUCCGCCGACGAGCUCACCAAGGCUGCCGCCGACGUCAAGAAGGCCAGCUGGACCAGCCUCAAGGAGCGUGGCGUCGAGCUCAUCCCCAGCGGUGACUUCACUCUCUACGACCAUCGGUACCUCGGCAAGGGUCUCUCCCCUCUCGAUGUCUACUUCGCCAUGGGUCGUGGUCGCCAGGCCGAGGGCGUCGACGUCCCUGCCUGCGAGAUGAAGAAGUGGUUCGACUCGAACUACCACUUCGUCGUCCCUGAGUUCUCUGAGGAGACUGAGUUCAAGCUCAACUUCAACAAGGCUCUCGAGGAGUACCGUGAGGCGAAGGACCUCGGUGUCGAGACCCGCCCGGUUGUCCUCGGCCCAUCACUUCCUCGCUCUCGGCAAGGCUGCGAAGGAGGCUAG